ACGACUGCCUACAAGUAGUCGCGCCUUUGCCUCCGACCUCCCGAGAUGACGCCAUGAGUUUCUUUCUUCGCAUUACUUUGAAUUUCGACAUAUACCCACAAUGAGGCCACAGCUUCAGCGGCGUGUGCCGCUUCUCUUCGUCCUUCUCUCACUAUUCUUAUGCGUUUCUUCGGACCAAAGCAAGGAGGCCUGGAAGUCAAGAUGGGGGAACACAGAAGGAGACGCGAAUCCACACCAGGGCGUACUGGCCUUCGAUGAGGCCACGACGCUUCUACACACGAUCAAACCGGCUGCUGCACCAUGGUGGAACUUUGAUAAGAAGUCUGGCAUCUUGGGCACCAGCGCGUACUAUGCGAAAGAGGUCUUUUUUCUUCUCUUCAUGAACGGUCCCCCACAGCAGGAGCUGUUGACGACAAACCCACACCCGAAGCAGCUGGGGCAUUCUCUGUCACAAGCCGUUGCCCUGCUGGAAGAGGCAGCAGCCCAGAAGAAUGCCGACGCAAUAUUCACCCUCGCCGAGAUGAACUUCUACGGCAAUUACACGCAUCCGCGCAACUACUCCGAAGCCUUUCGACGAUACCACGAGCUCGCGACUUUGAACGGCAAUGCAUCGGCACAGCAUAUGGUUGGCUUCAUGUACGCGACCGGCAUCGGCGGAGCAGUGAAGCAAGACCAGGCAAAGGCCAUGCUAUACUACACAUUGGGCGCAGAAGGCGGAGACGUGCGGUCAGAGAUGGCUGUUGCAUACAGACAUUCGGCAGGCAUCUCUACUCCGCGUAACUGCGAGGAGGCUGUGCAUUUCUACAAAGCGGCAGCGGAGAAGGCUAUUGCAUACAUGCGAUCUGGACCACCUGGCGGCCACUCCAUGCCGCGGGAGUCGUACAACAUCGCUGACGAUCAGGGUGGCGUGUAUGGCGAAGGCGCGAGUACAAGCAGCUCCGGUCCCAAUGCCAAAGUCGCCAGCGCUCAGUCCGACGCCUUUUCCUCCCUCGACGACGUUUUCGAAUACAUGGAUCUCCAAGCACGAAAGGGCGAUGCUAGGGCCACGUUCAAUCUUGCCAAGCUGAACUACGAUGGCGCACGAACCUUGAAACGUGACCUCCCAGCGGCCAAGAAACGCUUCAUGGAGCUUGCUCGCAUGUACUGGCCCCAGAAUGGCAAACCCAACGCGAAUGUGUCGCCUACCGUCGAGAAGCUGGCCGCGAAGGCUGCUGGCUACCUUGGUCGCAUGUUUCUGCGCGGUGAAGGCAUGCCGCAAAGCUUCGAGCUUGCGAGGAAAUGGUUUCGACGUGGCUUGGACUUGGGUGAUGCGUUGUCGCAAUACUCUAUGGGUAUCAUGUACCUGAAAGGCCUCGGUGUGCCUCAAGAUGCCGUGAAGGCUGCUGAGCUAUUUGGCGCGGCUGCUGACCAGGAUUUGGCAGUCGCACAAGUUCGGCUAGGUGCGCUCUUCUUGGACCAAGGCGACAUCGCCAUUGCCGCAAAAUACUUUGAACUUGCCGCUAGGCACGGACAUCUGGAGGCCUUCUACUACUUAGCUGAAAUGACGCACAACGGUAUCGCUCGCUCCAAGUCCUGUCCUUUGGCGGCCACGUAUUACAAGAUCGUUGCGGAGAAAGCCGAACUAGUCUCUACGUCUUUCCCCGAAGCUAAUGAAGCUUAUGCGAAUGGUGACCUAGAGACCGCACUCGUAAGCUACAUGAUGGCAGCUGAGCAAGGCUUCGAGGUCGCGCAGGCCAACGUGGCCUACCUCCUGGAUCAGGUCAAGCCUCGUUUUACAUUCAACUGGCUUUUGCCCUUUAUGAAGCAAGAAGCCUCGCUAGCUAGCGACGCGUGCCUGGCUUUGGUAUACUGGACGCGCUCUGCCGAACAGAAGAACGUUGAUGCUAUGGUCAAGAUGGGGGAUUAUUACCUGAUGGGCCUCGGAACACAACCUGAUUCUGAGAAAGCUGCAGCUUGUUACCAAGCCGCAGCUGAGACCAUGAGAAGCGCACAAGCCAUGUGGAAUCUGGGUUGGAUGCAUGAGAAUGGCAUCGGCAUUGACCAAGACUUCCACCUCGCAAAGAGACACUAUGAUCUGGCUUUGGAGACGAAUCCACGUGAGGCCUAUCUACCUGUCGUUUUGGCACUGUACAAGCUUAGGUUCCGGAGUUGGUGGAACACUUUUACAAACGGCAACAUUAAGUCCAUCCAAGAAGAUCCCGUCGUCAAGAAACAGUGGACACUCUCGGAGUGGCUGAACGCCUUUCUCGAAGCCGAACUCGCUGGCUGGGACGACUACGAACCCGACGACUACGACGACACGCAUACAGCCGGCGACGACUUUUACGGCGACGGCUAUCAUGGCGACGAGAUUGACUCGGACAUUCUGGAAUCACUCAUCAUCUUGGCCCUGAGCGGGGCUUUGGCCUUCCUGCUUUACUACAGGACACAAAGGCAAAGAAGACAGGAGGAAGAAAGAAGACGACAACAAGAACAGCAGCAACAGCUGAAUCAGGGUGUGCCUGUACAGCAACAGCAAGCGCAAGGACAACCACCACAGGAUAGGGGUAUGUUCCCAAACCCAGGCGAUCCUGAAUUCAUGAAUUGGGUAGCAGGUGGCGUAGGACAUUGAUGUGUUGCUAUGAGGUGGUGUUCAGGGAGUCUAUGAGCAAUGACGAAGCCAGGACUAGAGAAAGCAAUGAGAAAUCUUCAGCAUACGUAUCCAGUAUCACUUCACUGCAUUACGCCACCCCAAUCCAAAGAUCUGGAUUGUAUUUGGCUUGCUCACAUUCGAGAUGAUCAUUUUGUCCGGGUAUUCUUCUGCGCUUCGC